ACUGACAUUUCAAUUUAUUUACAAAUGCAGGUUAUAAAAAUGUAAACAAUCCGCUCGACGAAACCAUGAUAGAAGUGAUAGCGAAGCUGCCCCGCGGGCACAUCUACCUAUCCGGCGAGUCCCUCGAAUGCCACGUAACCUUCGCCCACCUGCCGUCCCCCACGUCGGCGGUGGCGCAGAGCCACGAGGACGCUUUCGAAAGCCUGGCCUGGGCCUCCGCCCAAAUCCACUGCUACUGCUUCGCCGAUUCGAAGGUCACCCGAGUCGCCGACGCCGACAAGCUGUCCCCCUAUCCCGGCACCGCGCUCGGCCCGUCGACCAACGAAAACGCCAAAGUGGUGGUGAGCACCAAGCCCAAGAUCCUCUUCUGCGAUUUGAGAUUGUCCCCCGGCCAAACGAAGACUUGUACAAUCGAUUACAUACAAUUUUCAUGCACCUAUUGUUCUAAUUAUUGUGUUUUAGUUACGUACGUGGAGCACAUUCCGAACGAUUCCCCGCCAUCGUACCGAGGCCAGUUGGUGAAGUACUCGUACAAAAUCACAGUAGGUACUCAACGCGUUAACAGUCCGGUACGACUACUGCGCGUGCCCAUCAGGGUGUUACCCCUCUGCGAGACUCUAUUGAACGAAGCGAUGGCCCUUUGUAACGAUACGACGGACGAAUUGACCCCGACGAAUCCCUUCAUGGAGGUCAAACGAAAAGAGAGCCCGUUGGACAUCGCCUUGCAAGGAUUACAAAACAUAACGGCCAGAAGGAACCCGAAUUACUACAUGAUAACCAACGGCAGGGGCAAAGUGGUGAGGUUUUGCCUGUUCAAGUCCGCCUACAGGCUGGGCGAAGACAUAAUCGGUACGUUCGAUUUCACCGUAGCGACCGUCAGUUGCGUGCAGGUCUCGGUGUCCUUGCAAUGCGAAGAGAAAACCACGUUGGCAGGGGAUUGUAACGAACAAAAGAGGAUAUUGACGUUCGGGAAUUUCCACGAAGUGUGCUUGGGCUACGAUUACGUGCAGUUGAUCGUGCCUAUACCGUUGCACGUUACGCCCGAAUUCGCUACGAAAUUGGUCGGUUUGAGUUGGAGAUUGCACUUCGAGUUCGUGACCAGUACGAACAGAGACAUCGCUUUGCCCAAAAUGGAGGACGCCCAUUGGCAGGCGCCGGGUGACGUCACCGUGGAGACGAUGGUGUGGAGUUUGCCCGUUAAAUUGUAUUCCACCACGCCCAAUCAAGUGGCCCAAGGGGUCGUGUCUCACGUGGAAAACAAGCUGGUCAUUAGAUAGAUUGUUGCAAAUAUAAAAUUAUCUAUAAUUAUAUGUAUAAUGUAAAAUAUUGUUAAAUGGUCAAUAAAUAUUUUUUAUAUG